AUGAGUGCUGUCGGAGUGGAAUCGACUUAUGAUUAUGUGAUUGUCGGCGGCGGAACAGCAGGCAACACCAUUGGCAGUCGCCUGGCCGAAGCAGGAUUGUCUGUCGCUAUAAUUGAAGCCGGUUCAUUUUAUGAAAUCGAGUCCCCAACAAGGUCUACCGUUCCGGCUGGAUAUAAUCUUCUUGUUGGGUCAGACCCGGAAAAUGUCAAUGUCCCAGUGGAUUGGGGGAUCGUCACGGUCCCCCAAGCGGGCGCUAACGGUCGUAGACUACUCUAUGCACAGGGGAGCUGCUUUGGUGGGUCAGGAACAACCGGUUCUUAUGAUCAAUGGGCCACCCUGGUGGAAGACGAUAGUUAUAAAUGGGAUAAUAUUCUUCCAUUUUUCAAGAAAUCGGUGCAGUUUACGCCCCCUGGCACAUCGAAACGCUUCCAGAAUGCGACGACUCUAUUCCGUCCAGAAGCGUUCGAAAAGGACAGCACAGGCCCCAUUCAAGUGUCUUAUACCAACUAUGUAUCGCCAUUCGCAACAUGGAUGAAGGCUGGUAUGGAAGCAGUGGGCACUCCUGUGACGGAGGAUUUCAGCAGCGGCCACCUUCUCGGAACGCAGUACAAUCCAUCUACUAUCAACCCAAUCGACGAGACCCGCAGUAGCUCGGACAUGUUCCUUAGCAGUCUACCUAUCACGAGCAAACUGCACAUUUACCCCGACACACUUGUCAAGAAAAUUGCCUUCGACGGGAACAAGCGGGCCACCGGUAUUGAUGUGGAAACAGCCGGGCAAGAAUACCAUCUCCGGGCUGCACGAGAAGUGAUCGUAUGUGCGGGCGCUUUCCAUUCCCCGCAAAUCCUUAUGGUAUCAGGUAUUGGGCCUGAAAAUACUCUCAACUCACUAAACAUACCCAUUCUCGCUGAUCUUCCUGGGGUCGGGCAGAAUAUGUGGGACCAUCCGUUCUUUGCCCCAUCACAUCGAGUGAGUCUGGAGACAGAGACCCGGAUGGCCAAUGAUAAACUCUACUAUCUUGAACAGGGAGUCGAAUACGCGAUAGCACAUGAAGGGUCAUGGACUAACGCCCAAGAGUUGUUGGGAUGGGAAAGGAUUCCAUAUUCCCAUCGCUUGAGAUUGUCUCAGAGCACAAUUGACGAUCUUUCACGAUUUCCCAAUGAUUGGCCUGAGGUGGAGUUUCUUCCGGCAAACGGAUUCGUCGGUAAUUUUAGUGACCUGAUGGGUCAACAACCAGCCGACGAAUAUCAGUAUGCGUCCAUUCUCGGUGUCCUGGUCUCGCCGACCUCGCGCGGAAAUGUGACCAUUCGCAGUAACUCCACAUCCGAACUGCCUAUCGUGAGCCCCAACUGGCUGACCACAAAGACCGACAUGGAAGUUGCAGUGGCAUUGUACCGGCGGUUGAGAGAGAUUUGGCAGAGUGGGCCACUUCAAUCGAUAAGCGUUGGGAACCUAUCAUAUCCACUGCAUCAGGACCAAUCGGAUGAGGAAAUUAUCCAGUACAUAAGAGACUCUUUGAUGCCACUGUGGCAUCCAGCCUGCACCUGUAAGAUGGGUGUACGUAGUGACCCAAUGGCUGUUGUUGAUAGUCACGCCCGUGUCUAUGGAGUUGACCGGCUUCGAGUGGUCGAUGCCAGCGCUUUUCCUCUGUUGCCGCCUGGACAUCCCCAGAGUACAGUUUAUAUGCUGGCUGAGAAAAUCGCUCAUAGUAUAAUAAGCCAUCUGGAAGAGAAAUAA